AUGCCGAUGAGCAGUUCAAGCGACAUAGAAAUCGUUUGCCAGAAGAAAAAGGACGGCGACAUCGAAGUAAUGAGCGUUAUCAAGAAGAAAGAGAGAGGUGGCAAGUGUGUUAUUAAUUUGAGGGGGCAAGGUAAAGAAGGAGAUGGGGUGGUGGAUGGUUAUAGGCCGGAUAAGAGGGUGAGUUGCGGAGAAAUGGAUGGGAAUAGAAGUAAAAAUGUGAAUUAUGAAGAAGUAUAUGGACGAGAAGAUAAACACGGAUUAAACGAUAAGAAGAAGUGUUCUAGCGAUAAAAUAGGAGAAUGUAAGGGAUAUGAUGGUGCACAGGAAUGGAAAACCGUAAAUUGCGGGUUGAACGAGAACAAAACGGAUGAAAUGGCAGAGUUUUGUAUGAAAGAUAUCAGGGACCGAAAAAUAACGGGCAAUACCAAGCGAUUUAAGGGAAAUGAACAGACUGUGCCUGAAAGCAUGGCAAGGACCGGCCGUUCUGGUAAUAUUACCGUUCAAGAUUCUACAGAACAGGUGCUGGACAGAAAAAUACGCGUAGAAGGAGCACCGAUUGCCAAUUUCAACCAACAAAGCGCGGAUAACGACAGAUCAAAUGUUCAGUCAUGUCUCACAGCAACAACCACUCAGGCUGUGGUAACACCCGCCAGCACAAGCACACCAUCCGACCAGAUAACGUUCACAGCUCUGCACAACACCACCAUCCACACAUUCAUCAUCCCGUCCUCGUCCACAUUAAAGCCGGUGUACGACAUGCUGUGCAAGAACACCCCGAACAAAAUGCAAUUCGGUCAUAAUUUCGUGAGCAGAUUUUCGUCGCUGCGUGUGCUCAACAUCAAAAACGGUGAUGUUGUGCAAAUAAUUGAUCCUACGAAACGGAGCACAACAGCACAGCCCAUGGCACACGAAGGCACGGCAGCGAAGAGAAUGGUGAAGGUGAACUAUGCUGUCAACAAAAGCGUUGAGAUUGAGUUGGUGCAUGGCGAUGAUCUGAAUGCAAUGAUUACACGUGUUAAUGGCGUUCUGAACGAUGAGUACCGGUACUUCGUUGUGAAUGGGGAGCGGUGCGCAAAGAAUGAGUUUGAGGACGGGGAUGUCAUUGAUGUGUUCAAAUGACGAGCUGAGCCAAAAAUUUUGGGUGCUAUAACUGCAACCUUCAGGCACAUUUAUGUGUUCAAUAAAUUACUCACUCC